GGACGGUAGCUUAGUCCAAAUUUCUAUUCACCCCCUUUAAUUUACUUUUUGUUCUUUCUCUCCUCGCCGUCCUUCUCUUCCUCAUCUCCUCGUCUCCCUGACGCCAACGCUACUGCUCAAUCUCCACACGGAGUACUAGAAAAAUCCCAUCUCGGUUUCUUGUUUUACUCUCUUUCCCCUUCGCGACCGAAUCGAACCCAGACGUAAUCGGAGGAGUUGGAUUGCUUCUCGGAGGUCGCUUCCAUCUGUUAAUCAAGAAAUCCCAAACUUCUCCACCCUCGAGUCCGUGCGGGAUUGGUGAACCGGGUUGAAUUGGGCCAGGAAACGUCGGUUCCGGCCUCCGAGUCCCGUCUCUUGCCGGAAUACCAAGAAAGCCGCCGUCUUUCUGCCGCUCUCGCCGGAGGAUAAGGGUGGGUGCGUCUGAUCGGAGGAGUGGGCGCGAAGGCCGAGGAUUUUUUCGAUUCGGCUGGCGUUGGCUCGCGUUCUUGGACGGAGGCUAUCCUGCCCGUGAGGUUAAAGAGUUUGGUGUUUCAUGUUGAACUGUGCGCGUCCGGUGGUUGCCUUGUUUGGUGGUAUGGUGGAGCUGUAGAUUUAAUCUGAACUGCGUGAAGCAGAAAAAGGGGGAAAAAGGAUUCAAUUUUGGAGUGGAAUUGUGGGCGAGUAGCGAGGAAGAUGAGUUCCGGGUCGGCGGUGACGGGCGGCGGCGUGGAGGAGGAGGCUGCGGCGGCGGUGCCGCUGGGGCAGAAGCUGGUGGUGCACGCGGCGGAGAACGGCCACACCUUGGAGUUCGGGUGCGGCGGCGACACGCACGUCGAGGCCAUCCAGCACUCCAUCCAGCUCCACUGCGGCAUCCCGCCGGGCGACCAGCUCCUCCUCUGCGGCAACACCUCCCUCGACGGCGCCCAUCCUCUCGCCUACUACAAGCUCCCGCGCGACGACCGCGAGGUCUUCCUCUACAACAAGGCCCGCCUCCUGGCCGACUCCCGGCCCCCGGCGCCGGAGUCCGUUUACAUCCCCGAGCCAGAUAUUCCACCACCGCCCCAGCCACAGGACUCACCACCGGUGGAGGUGUCUGCCGACCCGGCGUUGAAGGCGCUGGUGUCUUACGAGAUCAGGUUCAGGUACCACUUCCAGGUGGCCAAUGCGGUGUACCGAUCUAGCGUGGCAAAGUUCGAGCUGUGCAGGCGGCUGCUGCGGGAGCAGCAGGUGCAGGAACGGGCGCUGGACACGGCCAGGAGCAACCUGGAGCACACGUUCCGGAAGCUGUCGCAGCGGUAUUCAGACUUUGUGCGAUGCUUCUCGCAGCAGCACCGUGGGCACGUCGAGAUGCUGACCAAUUUCGAGAGAGAUGUGCAGAGGCUGCGUGCUGUUAGGCUGCACCCAGCGCUGCACUGCGAGGGGCGGCAGUGCUUGCUGGAUCUUAUCAAGGAGAAUGACCUGAGGAAGUUGGCGGAUGGAUGCUUCAGCUCGCAUAAGCAGUUUGAGGUGAAGGUUUCGCAGUUGAAGGCGAACUUCUCGGAGCUGAAGAAGAGGGUGGAGAGCCUGUUUAAUGUUAUGAGUUCAAAUGGGUGCAAGGAUCUUGAGAAGCUGAUAAGGGAGCAUCAGGGAGUCAUCGGUGAGCAGAAGAGCAUCAUGCAAUCUCUAAGUAAAGAUGUGGAUACUUCGAAGAAGCUUGUUGAUGACUGCUCAAGCUGCCAGCUAUCUGCUUCUCUCCGUCCUCAUGAUGCAGUCUCAGCGGUUGGUCGUAUCUACGAAGUACAUGAAAAGGAUAACUUGCCCAGUGUACGCAAUUUUGAUCACAGGCUUACAAAAUUACUUGAGAAAUGCAAGGACAAAAAGAACGAAAUGAAUACUUUGGUACAUGUUUGCAUGCAAAGAGUGAAAUCUGCUCAGACUACUAUCAGAGGCAUGAUGAAUGAGCUUCAUGCGUUCCAAGAGGUGAUGGGUCAUCAAGACAAAGAUUUUGAUAACCUGAAACUAGUCAGUGGCUUGGGCCAUGCAUAUAGAGCUUGUCUUGCUGAGGUAGCACGGAGGAAAUCUUAUUUUAAGCUGUAUACUGGAUUGGCUGGAACCUAUGCAGAAAAGCUGGCAACAGAGUGUGAUAAUGAGAAAACAAGACGAGAGGAUUUCUAUAGGACAUGGAGCAAGUACAUUCCAGAUGAUAUCAUGGGUUCCAUGGGACUCUUUGAUUCUCCGAGCCAGUGUGAUAUUAAAGUUGCCUCUUUUGAUCGUGAUCUACUUCCCAUUGAUGUUGAUGAUAUGGAAAAGCUUGCUCCCCAGUCUCUAGUGGGGCCUUUUCUGAAAUCUGAGAGAUCACAGAUACCCAACUCCUCAUUGAGCAAUUCUAGUACCAGUGGAAAUUUGAAUCAAUCUGAGCAAAAUCCUCUGAAUACUGAUGAUAAAAUGGAUUUCCAAGAUUUGCUGGGGUGCUACGACACUAUAGAUAUUGCAGGUACUAGUAAGUUAGAAGUGGAGAAUGCCAGAUUAAAAGCAGAGCUUGCUUCUGCAAUUGCAGUUCUUUGCAGUUUUGGCGCUGAAUAUGGAUAUGAGUCUAUUGAUGAAGGGCAAAUUGAUACUGUAUUGAAAAAAACGAGGGAAAAAACCGCUGAGGCACUUUCUGCAAAGGAUGAGUAUGCUAAUCAACUUCAAUCGAUGCUCACUGCAAAGAAGGAACAAUGCUUGUCAUAUGAGAAGCGUAUCCAGGAUCUUGAAGAACAAUUAUCGAACCAGUACAUACAAGGGCACAUGGUUUCAGGAAGCAAAGGCACAUCUGAUUCGCUUCUCUCUGCAUUUAAAGGUAAUGACUGCAAUCUGGAUGUAUCUGGAGGCAGGCAAACCCAAAUACAGGAUGAAUCGAGUGUGGCCAUGGAUGAGGCCUCUUCAACAUCUGAGCAGCCAUCUAAACAAACAGAAGGUGGUGAUGAGAAUAUGACCGACAUUUCAGGUGCACUGAACUUGCAGUUACUCGAUUCUGCAGUAUGUACUAAUCUGGAUGCUUUCAUGACAGACUUUCCACGUGACAAUGAACAUAAGAUUGUAAACAUCGAUAAAGAAGGGCGAAUGUUGACACAACUCACUAUGGCUGAUACUUCUGAUGUUCCUAUAGAAGAUCCUCUUAGCAUCUUAAACUCCAGAACUAAUGAGCAUCAUACCUUAGAGUUGAGGAAUAAGGCGCUCCUUGUGUCAGAGCUGCAAAAUACCCUUGAUGAAAAAUCAAAACAGUUAAGUGAAACUGAAAGUAAGCUUACUGCUGUGAUGGAUGAGGUUAACUCCCUGAAGAAAGAACUUGAACACACCCGGGGUCUUCUUGAUGAGUCUCAGAUGAAUUGUGCGCACCUUGAAAACUGCUUACAUGAGGCAAGAGAAGAGGCUCGUACCAACAAAUGUUCAGCUGAUAGAAGGGCUGUUGAGUAUGAUGCUCUGCGGUCAUCUGCUCUGAGGAUACAUGGUCUGUUUGAAAGACUGAAUAACUGUGUCACUGCACCAAGCAUGUCUGGCUUUGCAGAGUCACUGCGUUCUUUGGCCCUAUCCUUAGCAAGCGCUGUAAAGAAGGGUGAAGCUGAUUCCACCAUUCAGUUUCAACAGUGCAUCAAGAUCCUGGCAGAGAGAGUUACUAUUCUGUCACGGCAGAGUGCUGAGCUGCUAGAACGCUAUUCGAGUGUGCAAGCAGCACAUGGAGCUCUCAUGAAAGAUUUGGAGGAGAAGAAAGAGCUGAAUAAGAAUCUCUACACUAAACUUCAACUAGAAAAACAGGCCAGCAAGGAGAAGAUAUCAUUUGGCCGGUUCGAAGUUCAUGAGCUCGUGGUCUUUGUCCGAAACCCUGCUGGGCACUAUGAGGCGAUCAACCGGAACUGCUCAAACUACUACCUGUCUGAGGAAUCGGUUGCCCUCUUCACCGAGCACCACCCGCGGCACCCACCCUACAUAAUCGGGCAGAUUGUGCACAUCGAGCGGCGCAUAACGCACCCCAACCAGAUGGGGGGAGGAGCUCCACGCCCUGAUAGCAGCGGCGGCCAGCGGUCGCCCGCGUCCAUGCUGAACCCCUACAACCUGCCCCCGGGCUGCGAGUACUUUGUGGUGACAGUCGCGAUGCUGCCCGACGCCGGCCGUUGAAACAAAACACCUUCCUGAUCCUGCCUGCCAAUGGCUGCCGAAAUGAAGGGAGAAACUCUCAAGUGUAUAUUUACUGAAAUGAAAUUUAUUGCUAUAGACUAUCUCAGUUCCUUGUUCAAGUUAUGUUUGUAAAUACGACCAGCUUCACUGUGUAAAUAGACUCAUCUACUGAUGCGGACUGAAUUUUCUUGGAUCAAGCACACUGAAUAUUCUCAGUUACUGUC